AUGGAUGACGACGACGAUUACGGCUCUGACGAGUUUGACUCUCUGCCAGCAAGUACUCUGUAUGAGCUCGAACAAAAUGCUUUCCAAGCAACUCAGGCAGCUUCACAUCAGGCAGCUUCACAGGCGCAGCCGGUGAACCCGCUGCGGACUCAGCCAUCAUUCAAUGCUGGUGCCUUGAGACCACCGCCACGUCUACAUACCGGAUUGACCAACGACUACAAUACACUGGAAGUGGGGGAAUUGGAGGCCGAGGUGUAUGACAAUUUUGAGGGACAGCAUGUCGUUCCGCAUGGCCAUGUGCUUGGGACUGAUCAGCAGUGGGCUGUCCAUGGACAGUCGGUCGAUGCAAUGGAGUUGGACGAACACUAUGUUCAGGGAAAUGCCCCGGAGAUGGAUGCCCAGCUGUUUCAGAUGGAGCAAGAGCGAAAACAGAUAAUGCGCGAGCUGGCCGAGGCGAAGAUGCAGGUCGAAACAAAAACCGGGGAGAUCUCAAUCAUUCGAAGGAAACAGGCGACGAUGACACAAGAUUAUGACCGGCAACUAGCGGCUCUACGGAAAUCUAUGGCCGAUGAGAUGGACAAGCACAAGCGGGAGGUUGAAGCGGCAAUGUCCCAAGGCAAGGUACUGGCGACAGAGAAUGUCUUUCUUCAACAUGAGCUUGCGGACGAAGCCUAUCAGCAUCGAAACUCCAAAUCAAAACAGCGGGCCGAGAAGCCAGCUCCGGAGACCCCACGAAAGUCCCGGGUGCUUCCAUUUCGGGAUGGAUUCGAUGAUGACGAAAUUGCCAUGGUAUCGCCCAGCAAAUCUGCAGCGCGGUCCAAACGUGCCACGCCGACAGUGCCCGGGAAACGGAAACGGCAAUCAAGUCAAGAUGGCCCUGUGCCUCUACAACUUAGUCCCGCCGGCGGCGAGGUCGUCAUGGCUGAUGCUCCUGCCGAUAUGUCCGAAAUCACCGAGGUGAAGCGCAAGGCUGCAGAAUCGGGACGUCACCAACGAUUUAUGAUGCGGCUUUUGAGCCAUCGCACAACCGUUGGCGAAGAUACUGAUUUCGAGGCAAUGGUCAAACUUGCGUUUCCUUCAGAACCGGACAGACCCAUGUCCAGCAUCAUUAUGGAGGGUAUGGCUCAUGUGGAGCCGAGCAACUACAUCUUAGAAUAUACCAAAACUAUUGCCUCCCUAUGGCAGCGUGCCAUCAACGAGAAAUUCUACGAACCGAUCCCUCGAUUUGAAGCUAUCAUACGAUAUAGCUUGAUGUCAGAUGAUACCCCACUCCCAGAGCUCAUCACACCUUUAGUCGGGGUUCUCCAAGACUCUGUGGAAAUUAAUGCAGUUCCUCGUUUCAAGUACGCCCCAGCAUCACGGGAUAAACGAGUAACCCGCCAGACCCCACAGUCAGAUCUACAGCCUCUAGUCGACUCAACCGGUGCCAUGCGUCUACUUUACCAGAUCGCCUGCGGUGUCCUGCAUGUCCGAAGCGCAAUGGAGAUAUUCUGGCAAAACAUCCGAAUAUCAUUUAUCCUCGUGAUGCUCCACCCAUCGCAUCCACUCGGGGAUAUCGUCCUUCUAAUGAACCUCCUUUCAACAAGCAUCCGGUCUAACUCGUUCGGACCGAUCCGCUCUUCCGACCAAGACCAACUCGACGUCCAAAAAUGGAUCGUCGAUCGCCUAACCCACAUGCUCAGCGAACCAGCCAUCCCAGACGAAGGUGUCGACCCAUACACAUCCUACGACAUCUGCGCCAUGCGCCUGGAAGUCCUCCUCCUGCUGGAAUCUCUAGCCUUCAACCCGAUGGCCCCGUCCCAAGGCCAAGGACACGCAAGCACGAUCCUCGCAUUGCACCCGAAUGCCCUAGCGCGCAUGUUCAGAUCUCUACACGACGAGCUGGACGCUCUAUACUCAUCCCCGCCUGAGUCCGAUCUGCGCGUUGCCUUGGUUAAUGGGCUUAUGCGGUUGAUUUUCGGGGUUAUGCGUCAGCAUGGUUCAUCUAUCAAUAUGCAGGAGAAAUUGGCCUGUGUUCCUGGCAGUAAACAGAAGCAUCUUGUUGUCUUGACUCGGUUGGCGUUUUGUGAUGGGACGGUGCUAGAGGCUGGCAUUGAUGAUGAGACUGUUGAUAUGGCCCAUGAAUUACUUGAGGAAUGGACGAAUCCUCAAGAAGCGGAUUCAUUGGCGGAGGUCUUCUCCACUUCUAGGAGAGAGUAA